AUGUCGGUGGUACUGGCCGGUGGAACAGGAGCCAGCAGCAUCGCCGAUUACCUCUCCUGGGCCCAGCACAGUGAAAGCACACCAGUGCCCCCAGUUUCUCUCAAGCUUCGGGACAAUUGGCCCGUCACCAAUAGCAAACAGACCUCCAGAUGCACUUUUUUCUUCCUGCUGCUUCUGAUUUUCUUGAUGGAGUUGAUUGGAGGAAGCCUCUUCUGCGUUUACAGAGUUCAGAUCGACUCUUACGCCCGUGAAGACCUGAAGGAUGGUCUUCAGCUGUUCGGAACAGAUGGCAACAUUGGCCUCACUAAUGCCUGGAGCAUCAUACAAACAGAUUUUAGAUGCUGUGGGGUGUCAAACUACACAGACUGGUUUGACGUCUUCAACACCACGCAAGUUCCGGACUCCUGCUGCCGGGAAUACACAGUGAGCUGUGGCCUGCACUCUCCAGAAACCUGGUGGAAAGAUGCCUGCUACGAAAGAGUCAAGUUGUGGCUCCAAGACAAUCUCCUGGCUGUAGGGACCUUUGCACUCUGCACGGCCCUGGUUCAGGUGGUGGGAUUGACCCUGGCCAUGGUGAUAUUCUGUCAGGCUGUGCAUGGGACCGAGAGUCACACUUAGACCCAGCGGCCUACUGUCUGCACGUAUUCCUGGGUCCUGUUGCCAUCCCUGCUCUGGUCCUCUCCCAUCCCCUCCCUUCCACAAUAUCCCUUCGUUGUCACAGGUGGCUCUCUCCCUCCAUGAGAAGUGCAGUGUUUCAACUCUUUCAUAGUGGUGUUCGCCUCUAAUUUUCGAGUGGGCUUUGGAUGGAUCGAGGGAGGGUCCGUGCUGUCUGGUGGAGCCAUUCCUGGAGCGGCUACCCUGCCGGGAGUUCAACGCGUGCAUUCCUUUGGGGUAAUGCUGAGAGACCCGCGUAGUGACGGGCUGUCGCUGUCAGCAGAGAACCUUCAUGGCCAUUCACUGCAGCAGUACGUUUGACAGCGGGCAGCCUGAAUGCCAGUGAGAGGAGUCCUCACAAUCGCACUGAUUUUAAAAACACUUACAGUGUGACCUUGCCCUUCUGCUGCCCGCGGCUGUGGACACGGGUGAGGUGGGGCAUCCGAGACUGUUGGUGGGAGCCCUCACCCCCCUGGAUGGACUCUGGGCUUUCCAGACAACCCAGGGCAGGGCAUUGUCCACACUCCUGACAGUUGUUCUGUUCCAGUGGGACAGUCACCUCCACCCACUGGUCAGUGUCCUCGUCAGCCUGUGAACGUGUGGGAGUACGGCAGCUCAGUAAUUGUCUUGGUCUGUGACAGUCUGCACAGCAGCAGUUUAUCAACCCGUACGGUAUGGGAUACAGGCCGAGACCAUCAUUCUAGGGGCUUUUUAUUAACACAUACAGUACGGUAGAACAAGGAAGCCCACACUCUGGAACGGUUAUGCAUGGUUAUGUAUUUGUUCAUCUGUUACAGUAAGGCCAAUGAUUUAUCAGUGUGUGAUAAUGCGCUAGUGAAAUGUGGGGUGUCACAGCCCCCAUCUACCCAACUGGUCAGAUACUGACUUACUGAAGUUACGGUGCAGUGUGGCCUUGUUUUGAUGGGUUCGGGGAUCAGCGGCUGGUCACACUCUGUUGCAGAGCACUUAACAGUGACAACGCAGUCAGAAUUCUCACCGCGUCACUUUAUAAAAGGUGUCUUCAGUUUCAUGUAUUACACAUGAAUUGUAACUAUGUUUUCUAAUCUAUCAAAGGCUGGUGUAAAUAUAAGCCUCAGUUUUACUGUGCUAAACCUUCUGCAGAGCUUUCCUGUGAGUCACAGCCCAACUUCUUACCCGAUUGGGGCUAAUCAGUGAUGGCUGAGCUGUCUUCCCGUGCCUGUCCUCACCUUAAAUCUAUUGAUCUCGGUUUAUCGACUGCACUGGCCCCAGCUGCCACUGGUGGGGGGGUGUCUGUGGUCCCCCAGUAGGCAUGCAGGUGUUGUCUGUCUCGUUUUAACUCUUUGUUCCAGCAUUUGAUCCAAGGUUCAUCAGGAGAAGGAGAAGGAGAGAGGGAGAGAGGGAGGGAGAUAGAGAGAGAGAGAGAGAGAGAGAGAGAGAGAGAAAGAGAGAGAUUCCCUUCAGCCCACCAAGUCUGUUCUGACCAACAACUACCUGUUUACACUAAUCUCACUGACUCUACAUGGACCAGUUAUACCCUACCAACCCACACGGCCUUUGUGUGA